UUAUACGUUUUUUAUCGAACAUCUUUAAAAGCGGUUAGAUAUAUACAGUUUUCAAGUGCCAGUCACAAAACAGAAAAAAGUCGAAAUAUGAAACAACCCACCUUCAAGAACUUGAGGUUCUAUUUCAAAGAAUACUGUCGUCACACCAGCAUUCAUGGAUUCUUCUAUUUGGGCGAAACGCGUAGUUACGGAGAAAGAAUAUGGUGGUUAAUAAUUUUCCUUACAACAAUAUGUAUUUGUGGCUUCUUCAUACGUGCAGAUUAUGUAAAAUGGGACUCCAGUCCUGUUAUAGUAAGUUUUGCCACAAAAGAAACACCAAUUUACGAGAUCCCCUUUCCUGCUAUCACCAUCUGCCCAGAAACGAAAGCAGAUCGGCGGCUUCAUAAUUUUACAGAAUUAUUCAUCAAAAUAAGAAAUAAAACGAUUACAAAAGAGGAGUUGCAGCAAUUUGCUUUGAUGAAUAUGGUAUGUACAUUAAACGUGUCCAGUCAAUUAAAAGAUUUGACAAAUAUUUUAUACGAAAACCAGACUGAUGUAGAUGACGAAGAUUAUGAAUACUACGAUUACUCUACGGAGAUAGAAGAAGAAUUAUUUAGCUUCCUUGAUAUGGUAACUCCAAGAUAUUUCUUCUUGUUUUGCACUUGGAUGAACGACGUGAAACUAUGCAAUAAUUUUUUUCGACCAAUCAUUACAGACGCAGGCGUCUGUUACACCUUUAAUAUGUUGGACAAAACUGAAAUAUACGAAGAUGCUGUGGCACAGUACAAUUUUUCCUUUAGCAGAUUCCCACCUGGUGAAAAAACAAAAUGGAAAAUUGAAAACGGAUAUCCUCCAGAUGACGAUAUAAUCACUUAUCCGCGGAGAGCCCUAUUUUCUGGAGCAAAAAAUUCAUUUGAUAUUAUAUUGGCGGAUGACAUGGAUAAUGUUGAUCAUAUAUGUAAUCCGUUUGACCAUGGAUUUAAGAUAACCUUGCAUAUACCUAUUCGAACACCCAGACCUAAGCAGGAAUUUAUUAGGGUACCCUUGAAUGCUGAGGUUAUUGCCGCUAUUAAACCAUCGAUGAUCACUACAACAAAAACCGUUGAGAAUUUCAAACCCGAAAAGAGAGAAUGCUAUUUCGAUAAAGAUAGAAAAUUGAAAUAUUUUAAGAUAUAUACUCAUAGAAAUUGUUUAUUGGAAUGUUUGACGGAGUUCACGUACUGGUAUUGUGACUGUGUGGAUUUCUUUAUGCCUAGAUAUAAAGAUACCCCAAUUUGUGGAUAUCUUAACAAGAAUUGUAUAGCAGAAGCAGCAGAACUUUUUGAAAUGCGCCAUUUGCGAGGUCAGUUUGAAAAAAGGACAAUAGUCAAAUUCCUACCCAGAAGAAAGUCAUCCAGAAAAGCAGAACGUCAGAAAAACAUAACAGAAAACCCUCUUGAUAAUGCAGUGCGUUGUGACUGCCUGCCUCUUUGUACAGAUUUGUCGUAUGACGUUGAGACAACAGCUACGCCUUGGGACUGGAGGAACACAAUGUCUAUUUUAUCGCAUAAUAGCUUCAUGCAACCUUUUUUUGAGAAUCCCAACAUAUCUCUAUCUCGUCUAACACUCUACUUCAAGAACAGCCAAUUUAUAACUUCCAAGAGACACGAACUGUAUGGACCUACAGACUUUCUAGGCAACUUCGGUGGACUCUUAGGACUGUUUACUGGAUUUUCUGUUUUGUCCUUAAUGGAGAUCAUCUACUUCUUAACACUGCGUAUUUAUUAUAACAUUAAAUUAUAUAAAGUAUGGUCGGGACGCAAAGAAGAAAAGUUGAAUUCUUGUAGAGUCUGGUGGUUUAUUGUGUUUAGUUUCGUCUUGGCCAUUUGCAUAUUUCAAAUUAAAGAGGUUUACCACAAAUGGGAGAGGACUCCAGUUAUAGUUAGUUUUGCCACGAGCGAAACACCCAUUUAUAGUAUUCCGUUUCCGGCAGUCACCAUUUGUCCAGAAUCAAAGAGCAGACUUUCUGUGUAUAAUCACACAGACAUUGCCAUUAAACUGCAAAACCAGAUAGAUUUGAAUGCAACUGAGCAACGAAACGCCCUCUACAUGAGCUUACUUUGUGACGUAGAUCGCAGUACGCUGUACAAACUAAAUAAAAUAGGCCAGAAUGUAUAUACAGAUGAUUUUUUAACGUUUAUGAAUAAAACACGCAACAGUCAUUUUUUUAAAACUUGCAAAUGGAUGAACGAAGAAGUAAAAUGUGAAGAACUGUUUACACCUACUAUUACGGACGAAGGAAUAUGCUACAGUUUUAAUAUGCUGGAUAGGGAAGAUAUAUUUAAUGAUGAAGUACUGUUCUUUGACAAUUUUAUGAAAAAUCCAGAAAGAAGAAAUUUGACUUGGAAUUUGGAUAAAGGCUAUUCAAAAGAUGAUCUGUUAGAAACAUAUCCUAGAAGAGCGUCCUUUGCUGGGGUACAGAAUUCCUUAGAGGUAACCAUGGUGACUCCCAAAAACGAUAUCGAUCAUAUCUGUAAAGAUUCAGUACAAGGAUACAAGGUGGCUUUACACACACCCAUGAGAAUUCCCAGACCGAGUCAACAGUAUUUUAGGGUGCCUCUUGAUGAAGUUGUUCUGGGUACUAUCCAACCCGUCAUGAUCACCACCUCGGAUACUGUCAAAGUUUAUAAUCCCAAAAGACGUGAAUGCUACUUUCCUCCAGAGAGACAACUUAAGUAUUUUAAAAUCUACACGCAACUCAACUGCAACUUAGAAUGCCUGACAAAUUUCACGUUGCAGCUGUGUCGUUGCGUUAACUUCUUUAUGCCACGUCUAAAAGGUUAUCCAAUAUGUGGAGCCGGUAAAAAGAGAUGCAUGUUAUACGCAGAAAAAUAUCUGCAAACGAAAGGUUUAAUAAAUAAACUAAAACCAAUGAAUGACUCAUCUCAAAAUAAGACAGAAGAUAAUGACGAUAUACAGGUGCCUUCAUGUGAUUGUAUGCCUAUCUGCACUGAUUUAAGCUACGAUGUUGAGACAUCUCAAGCUAAUUGGCAAUGGCAAGAGAAACAGACAGUUUUGUAUCCUAACAAAAAGAAUUUUAUCAAAAAUUUUCAUCAAUCUCGUUUGAAUUUGUACUUCAAGAAUUCACAGUUCGUCACAUCAAAGCGCCACGAACUCUAUGGUCCAACGGACUUCCUGGCUAAUUUUGGAGGUCUUCUAGGUCUAUUUACUGGAUUCUCUAUUUUAUCUCUUAUGGAAGUGAUCUACUUCUUAACUGUUAGGAUCUGUUGCAAUCUGAAUUUGUAUGGUAUAUGGUACGGUCCAGAUGCAUAAUCUAUGUAUAUCUAAUACAAUAAAAAUAUUGUUUAAAACAUAGUAGAAGGACAAGACCAAUUCUGCCUGUGAACACAGUUCUUUGAAUUGUAUACCGGCUAGUGCAUGGGCGUUAAAAGUAUAGGAAAUCCGAUGCAAAUCUUGAACUGUCCAAAUACUGGCACAAAACAGAGAUAACUACACAAAACAUCCGCCUUUGAACUUCAUCUGUCAUGUUAAGAAAUUAAAGUAAAUAAAGCGCCUCUCGUGUUUGCUCACAUACUAAAAAUUUCAAUUAAUACUUUAGUCCUUCCUAACAAUUCCAACAUUAACCAUUUGAAAAAAAACGUCGUCAUAGUUAUCAUCGCUGUCAUUUUAUAUGUAAAAUUAUAUGCGAUAAGUUUAUCGUCAUUUACCAGUCAAUUUGGUUUGCCUUUUUUCUCUCAUGUGGUAUAUUAAAUUCUAUG